CACUUUCGGAGAUGGACAGACAGGAGACACCGUCACUUCACCUGAAGCGUGGUGCGUUUCACACAAGACGAUCCCUCAGAUCAUAUUAUCCACGCGUGCCCGAUCGGGGCACUGUGUGUGUCCUAUUCUGACCUGUUUGAUGGGUGACUGUGAGUGUGACUUUGGCCCGCCGACAGUCGGACGUGUAGGUGUCCAUGUCGUGGCGGGGACCUUCCUGCAGACGGGGUCAUCCGUCGACGCAUGCAGGCAACGCAGGGUUUGUCUGCUUGCCGCUGUGUCGCCGGUGGCUGGCGUAUAAAUACACACCCUUGUGUCUCCCUUGUGUAUCCGCUAUUGGUGCCUGGCGUAUCGAGAGAGAUGAGUAGUGUUGUCUCCCCGGAUUCUUUUCUGUAUCCAUAAACACACAACCAACCAACACUACCAAAGAAUACUAGUCAAUAAUGUCUGACGACCACUCUACCAACACCGCCGUUCCAGAAAACGGUGUUCCACAAAAAGAAGAGUCUCCAGUCGUUCCAGAGCAAAAUGUCAACACCGCUUACCCAUCCUUGUACGAGGGACGUCCAUACAACUAUGACGGACAGGUCCAUCCACCAAGAACCGGUCUGUUGAGAACCAGCUGGUACAAGAGAACCGGCGACCACAGACCUUUCCCAACCUCCGUUGCUGCAGGUCUCGCCUGUGUUGCUACCACCUUGUUCGGCCUCGGCUUGAUCAUCGCAGGUGCCAGACACACUCCUUCCAGUGCUGCCUUGACCGGCUCCUUGUUCUUCUCCUCCGGUUUGGUCCAAGUCAUCACCGGUAUCUGGGCCAUCGUCGACAACAACUUGUUCGGUUCCGUCUUCCUUCUCUGUUACGGUGCCUUCUUCAUGUCCUUGGGCAGCAUCUUGGCCCCAAUCUUCGAUAUCGCCACUGCAUAUGCCGAUGGUGGUUUGACCGAUGCCCUUGGCAUAUUCCUUGCUUCAUGGUGCGUCUUCACUUUCUUCUUGUGGACUGCCACUUGGAAAUCUACCGUUCCUUUGUUCGUUUUGAUGUUCUGCCUCUGGAUGUUCUUCCUUCUUUACACCAUUGCUGUCUUUGGUAACCACAAGGGUUGUCAAACUGCUGCCGGUGUCUUCUGCUUCUUGACUUCGGCUUGUGCCUACUAUGCUCUCUACGAUGCCCUAUCCGAACCAUACAACUCCUACGGUUCAUUGCCAGAAGCAAAGAUCUUAAGAAUGCCUGGUUCUUGGAAUGUUCCAGAUGACGAAAAGAGAAUUGAAUACGUUUGAUCACUCACUCCUCAUAAACUGCAAAACUUACAGUAUACAUACAUACAAACAUGAUGUGAUAUCUCAUAAUCUUCCUUUCUUUCACCCUAAUACUUUAAUUAUUACUUUAAUAUCUUUUUAUUUCCUUCCAACUUAUCCCACUACGACUUAUUAAUGAACCUCUUCUUUUAAGAGUUUAAUGUAUAAACCCUUUAAAUUAUUAAUACUUAAUGUUCGGCA